CAAUCAUGACACAGCCCCUCUGCGAGGGAAUCCCUCGCUGAUAAUAACUUCCUCAAACCAAAAGGCACGUGGUUGAAAGUAAAACUGCUUCAUACACAUAUAAAUGACAGCCCAGAAUCAACUAGCUACAGCUUGGACAACAGUCAGAACCAUGCAUCACUUCUCGGAAUUGAUCGUAUGUCUUGUAACUUUAGUUGUGGCGGAGGCUCAGCGGCCGGAGGUUCGCGCCAUCGCCGGGGAGGACGCUGUGCUGCGCUGCUCGGCGGAGUCAAAGACCGGCGUCCGGUACCGCUCGGUUAUAUGGUACAAGGUUGAUGAAGCAGAGCCUUCCCAGCAGUUAACUGGCCUUGUGAGGAAACGGCUCACUGAAAAUGAUGGCAAAGUGGAGAAAUAUAACGGUGUCGAGCGAGAAGUGGUACUUCUGGAGGACUCAAAGAAUCUUAUUCUGUCUAAUGUAACAGCAGAAGACAGUGGGAUAUACAGAUGCUUUCUGUCUGCUCCGCUUGGCCAUCAGAACCAGCGUGGCGAUAUCAUUCUGACAGUCUACAAACCUCAAACAGUCGAGCGAACGGAGUUUAAUAAAAGUUCUCUUGUUUAUCUUUGGGAAAUUGCUGCUAUCGCAGGACUCUUUCUGGGCUUGUUGUUUUUUGGCAUAAGCUAUGUGUGUAUGAGACCUUUAACCCAAAGCAGAAAAAAGCUCUCUUUGCUGAAAAUGCCAAGUCCAGGCAAGAAUUUGAUCACCAGCAAUCAUCUGAUUUGCAAGACUUUACCUGAAGUGUAUGUGUGAUGGGAACCAGAGGCAUACUUAACAAAGCCAGAAUGGGAACCCUGGAUUAAACCCAGAGUUAACAGAGAAAGUUUUAAGUCGAGUGUUGUGAAACCACUUAACCCAAGUUUGGGUUUUUGUCAACCGAAGCUUAAUCUGCAGUCUGGGUUUUUUCUAAUCGUUUUGUGCAACAGACCUCAGUGCUGAUUGGAAAACAAAACGCAGACAGAGCUCAAGACGACCGUUGGCACAGGAAGUUGGUACAUGUCAUGUUGGCAGGAGAUAAAGAAGCAGGAUUCAGCAUUAUCAACAACAUAAUUUGUGUUGAUAAAACUGCUUCUAUACAUCAUGAAUACGAAGAGGAAAAUGAUGCAAAAGGUCUAAAAACUGCGGAUGUGUCAUUGCGGUUGAUUUGGUGUGAAGAUCCUGAAAAUGGAGACUGACUGAGCUUAAAACAGUGUGUUUGUGUGACAUGUUUGAUAAACAAUGUUACAGUACUUACUGUUCUAGAAAAAGCAGUGUGAAAACAACUAAUUCAAAUCAUUUUGAAAUGACAUUAUUUUUCCAAUGUUGUCAUGCAUAAAAAAAAACAAACAAACAAACUACCUCUUAUGUAAAUCAUGUUGAAUUUUAAUAUGUAGAUUUAUUUUAAAAUGACUGUGUGUAAAAACAAAGAAAUAAAAC